AUACUUGCUACUCAUGGAUUGACCCUGGUUAUGGGUUGACGCGUGCGGGAAGUGUCGAUCAGCAAGUGUUUAUGUUGGAAUAUCUUAACCCCAACCCUCGAGCUUCGCUUUUUGACUUGCCUUGGGGUUAUUCUUUCGCCAUUUUCCUCUCACCACCUCCACUUCCGUGAACGGCUUCUAUCGGUCGCUUAUCUGCGACCUUUUCCGCAGCGCUGUUGCCGCGCGCCGAGCUCGCCCUGCUCCCUGCGCUUUGUUGCUACUAGUUCGAGGCAAUCGCGACAAUGUCUCCGAACACGCCGCAAGAAGCGGCCGUAACAGCGCCUGUGGAGGAUAAAGCCGUCAAUAGCAUCCUUAUCUACAUGGCAAUGGCGACCGAAGCGGCACCGUUGGUGAAUAGCCUGGAUCUGCAGCUGAAGGAGCACGACUCCUUCCCCGCGGGCUCCCCCUGGCAGUUGCACUCAGGGUCGCAUGGCGGAGUGAGCGUGCACCUCGUCACGCCUGGCAAGGACAGGGCUCUAGGAGUGGACAACGUGGGCACGGUGCCAGCAGCAGUGGCGGUGUAUGCCGCAGCGGGCUCGCUGCGCCCAGACCUCAUCAUCAACGCCGGCACGGCUGGCGGCUUCAAGGCCAAGGGAGCAGCCAUUGGAGACGUGUACUUGGCCUCGCACUUUGCCAACCACGAUCGCCGCAUUCCCCUCCCAGGCUUUGAUGAGUACGGCAUCGGCCUUAUUGAGUCCCCGCACGCCUCUCGCAUCGCCUCUGCCCUCGGCUUCAAGGUGGGGCGUGUGUCGAGCGGCAACUCUCUGGACAUGAGUGGGGAGGACGAGAAGCUCAUCACCAAGAAUGAGGCCACUAUCAAGGACAUGGAGGCGGCAGCAGUGGCAUGGGUGGCGUCGCUGCUCUCCCUGCCGCUGCUGUCGGUGAAGGCAGUGACGGACAUAGUGGACGGCGACCGCCCCACCACCGAGGAGUUCCUUGAGAACCUGCACACCGCAGCGGAUGCUCUGCAGCAAGCCGUGCCCAAGCUGGUGGCGCUGGUGGAGGGGAAGAAGCUCGUGGAGUUGUGAGGGGAGUGGGGAGGUGGGGGAGGGGGGGAAGGGGGGAAAGGAUGUAGAGCUGGUGCUGUGUGUGCGCUGCAGCACGCCGUUCCCAAGCUGGUGGCGCUGGUCGAGGGGAAGAGGCUCGUCGAGUUGUGAGUAGGGUGGGGAGUGGUGGUGAGUAGAGCGGCGCUCCAAGGGGCCUCGGAGAGCAUGAGCGGGAGUGGGACGCUGGGGGGGCUGGAUGGAGGGAAGGGAAUGAGUAUGUGUGUGUGUGCUGUGCUGUAAUUAUAGGUGCACAUUAUACAAUGGACAUGUAAUGGUGAGGUGAGUAUAGUUUAUUAUUUUCCAGCUUCACUGAUGCUGUCUGAUAUCCCUUAAGAGUAAUUCCUGCAAA